AUGUCCACCAACCCCUCCGAAAAGAAACCUUACAGCAACCCCCUCCCCCAAAUCCACCGCUUCAUCGCCACCCACGACACCACCGGAAAAGCAAUCUACUCGACCUCCCUCCCAGAGCGCAUGCAAUUCUGGCAAGUCAGCGACGACCCAACCAUGCCCGUGGGCUUCUUCCUCGGACACACCGUCUCGAUCUUCCCGGUUCCCUUAGCCAACGACCAAGACCUAACCGACUACAAGACCACGUUUGCGCGGAGCCAGGACAGCGGUCUCGUGAAACGCGGCGGCAUUGUCAUGCGCUACGUGGAUUAUCCACCGGGGUGUCGCUCGCCGAUGCAUCGUACGGUCAGUCUGGAUUACGGGUUUGUGUUGGUGGGCGAGUUGGACUGUUUGUUGGAUGAUGGGGAGGUGAGGACGGUGAGGCCCGGCGAUGUGGUGGUGCAGAGGGGAACCAUGCAUCAGUGGGUGAAUCGGAGCGAGACGGAGUGGGCGAGGAUGGUGUAUGUUUUGAUAGAUGCCACAGCGGCGGAGGCUGGAGGUGUGUCGAUGGAGGAGGAUUUAGGGGGGAUGAAGGGCGUGCCGGAGUCUCAUUGA